CGGGUUUUCUCGACCCAGCUCGGCUCCAGCCAGCCAUAUUGGGCUGUGGGAAUAAAGCAGCUCUAAUGUUAUAUGUCACCUGCAAAUAACCCGGGCGUUCGAAAAAAGCAAACCACCACCACCAAAAUCCACACCAACACCAGGUCCUCUCCAUACACAAAAAGUCCUUCAAAAUGAGCCCGGAAGCUUGGCUCCCGCAGCCCACCUUGUUCCUCACUGGCCUCAGCUUGCUCCUCUCGCUGGAGCCUGGCCCCUUUCCUGCCCUGCCUGCAGACGGAGCGGAUUAGCCAGCGGAGCAGCCUUGACACGCACCCAGCUUGGCCACAGGGCUGGAGUCAGGAGCACCUCGGGAAGAGGAUUUGAGAGCAAAGAGCAGCAGCCAGAGGGGAGAGCGCCCACGGGGUUGGGCAUGGAGGUCAUGGCUCCCGCCACCAUCAAUGCCUUGAACGGCUCCUCCGUGAAGCUCUCCUGCACCUUCAACUCCUGCUACAAGGUGGAGAACAAGCAGUUCUCCCUCAAUUGGACGUACCAGGAGUGUGACAACUGCUCUGAGGAGCUGUUCCUGCAGUUCCGCAUGAAGAUCAUGAACAAGCAGCUGGACCGCUUUGGGAACCGGGUGGAGUUCACCGGGAACCCCACCAAGUACGACGUGUCCUUCACCCUCAAAAACGUGCAGCUGGAGGACGAGGGCACCUACAAUUGCUAUGUCCUGAACCCCCCCGACCGGCAGCGGGGCCACGCCAGCAUCAGCCUGAAGGUGCUCACAAAAGAGCCCCCGAAGCACGACUCGACGGUGGCUGUCAUCGUGGGCGCCUCUGUAGGCGGCUUCUUGGCCGUGGUGAUCCUGGUGCUGAUGGUGGUGAAAUGUGUGCGCCGGAAAAAGCAGCAGAGGCUGAACACGGACGACCAGAAGACGGAGGAGGAAGGGAAGACAGAUGGCGAAGGCAACCCAGAUGAGGGCACCAAGUAACGUCCCUCUGCCCGCCCCUCCCUCUUCACCCCUGUACAGUGUGACCCCCUUGAUGUGCUUCCCAGAGCAAGGAUUUCUGUCUCCCCAGAGCAUCCCUCCUUCCAUCUAAACACCCACCCCAGCCUGGAGCAGGGCGCGGACAGAAGGUCCCCGGAGCCCGGCCGCGGCGGGCAGGGCUGGGGAGGGGGCUGAAGCGCAUCAAGGCUGCCCCGGAGGCUGAGCUGGGACCGGCUUGUCCCCUGCUCUGGGCGUCGAGCACUGCGUGGGGAGGCGUUGGGGGCAGGCUGGUGUGGGAGGCGGGGGGAAGAGCGCGGUCCCCCAGCAGGGGGUGCCAGGCGGGGCAGAGGGGGCCGGGCAGCCCCGCGCCCGGAUGUCUGCGCCUUGUCCCUCUAGAGAAAGAGAGCAGGGGCCAGCGGCCAGCAGUUGUCUGCCCUCGGGGCCACAUCUCGCCCCCGAGGCACUCCUGCUGCGCCUAGGGCAUGGCCAUUGGCGUCCCCGUCCCCGAGGGGUCCCCGGUAGCUGCCCAUCUCCUCCUUGCCGGUCCUGUGUGCCAGCGCUGAGGGUGCUGCGACAAGAAGCUCGUGCUCCUCGGGGACUGUCCCAGCCUGCUCGGAAGCUGAUGGCUGGGUAACGACCAUUAGCCCACACGCUGUCUCUGAGCUCUGGUGGUUUUUGGACCCGCUAAUGGCUCCUGGUGUGUAACGGACGUACCCUUCUGCCUCUCGGGCUAUUUUUGGGCCUGAGCAUCUCAGCCAAAGUGCUGGGCUGACUUUUUUGCGCUCAUUUCCUUCUUGGGGAGGGUAAUUCUAAUGGAAAAUGUUCUGCUCAUGUGCCAAACCGAGGUGGCGAGGAGCGGCGGGGUACGGCUGCUAGGGAUGAAGAGCUGCUGGGAGUUUUUGGGCAGUUGCUGGGAAGGACUGGGCACCACUGUGGGCCCAGAGGCAGGACAGCUCUGGAAUGCCCGAGCAACCCCAUGAUGCCAAAACUCCCUCCUCCAGCCUGCGCAAUCCGUAACUGCCACGGCGAUGCACUGCCAGCCCAGCCGUGGGCCCCGCAGUGCCGGCUGCCGCCUGCCUCAGCCCCGUCCGUGCUCCAGCGCCUGCCCUGCUGGCGGCAGCUCCCUCAGCGGGCCCCGGCAGCUGCCCUGCGUGCUCUGCAGAGCGUUAGCAGCAGCGGCCCAGGCAGCUCGGGGGGUGCGAGGGCAGGCGUGAGCGAGCGGUGACGCCGGCCGGUCCCAGCCCGCCGCGGUGCAGGGGGAUGCGGCGAGCCCCAUGGCUGGGACCUGGCGCUCCUGCCUGCCUUGGGCUCAUUGCCCUGGCCUCGGGCAAGCCCCUUGCCUCCUGCGCCAGAGCUGGCGGCUGAGCUGGGCUGGCUGGAGCGCAGGGAGCUCGCCCUGGGGCCUCUUGCAGGUCAUACAGGGAAAAUGACCCAGGGGAGCGUCCCCUGCCACGCCAUGCCCAGGCUUUUCUUCUCCCAUGUCAGGCGGGACGUGGGGCAGGAGAGGGGCAGUGCAGAGAGCCCCGGGGGACGCUGCCCAGGGCCUGGUGAUGACGGAGGUCCCCUCUCACCCACGAGCCAGGGGAGAAGGGACACCUUUGCCACACCACCCGCUGCCCGGCGCUGCCGCGUCCCUGUGCCAGUGCCGUGGAUGAAGGGACGGCCGUGCGCUCCCUGCUCUGCCCCAUUGCUUUCCGCCCCGGCCCCGCCUGCCCUCUCCCCGCAGCUCGCUCGUCUCCAAGCAGGAAUGCGCUGUGUCUUGCGCCCCCCCAGGCUUCCCCCCCUCCCGCGGGCUUUCCUGCCCGGGGAGGGCUGGGCUGAGGCUGCCUGCCCCCCGCGCACCCCCUUGCCCCAUGGCUUUCCCCGUACAGUGCCAGCGGGGAGCCGGCUGCAGGGCUGGUUCCCCGGGACUGCCUGCUGCUCGAAGCUGGGCUGUGAGCGGCUCCACGCGGGACUGAGCUGGCGACUUCGUGGCCAAAGGCCUCUGACGGUUGCCUGUUGACCAGUCUUGCUUCUGCCUUUCGUUUCUUUCAUGCACUAUCCUUGGAUUGCAACUUGCCAAUGCAUCUGUAUGUACAUAGCUGUACACAGCAGAGAGAAUCUCUACAAAUAUAUAUAUACACACACAGGA